CUGUCUCUCUACAAGGGGUGCUGGAGGCAUGGGGAGCGUACAAAAGCUCCUUUUGCUUCGUUCUUAGCACCCUGCUUCUGUGUGCGUCGGGAAUGCUGUUGUGCGUAUGCGUCUGGUCUCUGGGAGCUGCAGCAGGUGGCCAUCUGUGACAGCACUAUGAGACUGACUUCCACUUUCAUUCUGAUGGUCUUCCUGCUCUAUACAGACGCUGGUUCCCUGAAUAUCCGGGCUUAUUUCAAUGAGACUGCAGACCUACCAUGCCCAUUUACAAACUCUCAAAACUUAAGCCGGAGUGAGCUAGUACUGUUUUGGCAGAACCACGAAAAGCUGGUUGUGCAUGAGGAAUACUUAGGCAAAGAGAAACCUGACAAUGUUAAUCCCAAGUAUAUGGGCCGCACAAGUUUUGACUGGGACAAUUGGAUCCUGCGACUCCACAACGUUCAGAUCAAAGACAAGGGCUCAUAUCAAUGCUUCAUCCAGCACAAACGGCCUACAGGACUGGUUCUCAUCUACCAGAUGAGUUCUGAAUUGUCAGUGCUUGCUAACUUCAGUCAACCUGAAAUUACACCAAUUUCUAAUAAAACAGAAAAUUGCUACAUAAAUUUGACCUGCUCAUCCGUACAAGGUUACCCAAAACCUAAUAAGAUGAGUUUUUGGCUUAGAACUAAGAAUUCAACUAUUGAGUAUGAUGGUGUCAUGCAGAAAUCUCAAGAUAAGGUCACAGAAUUGUACAACGUUUCCAUCAGCUCAUCUCUUUCAUUAACUGAUGCUACAAGUAAUAAGACCAUCCUCUGUGUCCUGCAAACUGAAGAGCCAAUGAAGAUGCAGCUUUUCUCCUCACCUUUCUAUAUAGUUCCUGAGGACCCCCCUCACCAGGACUACAAUGUCUGGAUUGCAGUUGCACUUGUAUCAGUGAUCGUUUUAUGUGUGCUGUUGUUUCUGUGGAAAUGCAAGAAGAAGAAUCAACAUGGUGUCUCCCAUAAAAGUGAAGCCAGCAAUGAUGAGAGGGAAGAGAAUGAACCAACCAAAAAAAGAGUGAAAAUCUAUGUACCUAAAAGAUUUGAUGAAGAAGUCAAGGAUGAUGCUAACAGUUCAAAGAUACCCUCAGAUGACAAAAGUGCUACAAGUUUUUGAUUAAAAAUGAAAUCCAUAGAAAUAUCCAUUUUUUAUUUUUUAUUUAUUAUUAAAGCAUAGCUGUGUACAUUAAUGCAAUCAUAGGGCACCAUACACUGGUUUUAUAUACCAUUUGACAUUAUUUUCAUCACACUGGUCAACAUAGCCUUCUUGGCAUUUUCUUAGUUAUUGUGGUAAGACAUUUAUAUUCUACAUUUACUAACUUUCACAUGUACCCUUGUAAGAUACACCGUAGGUGUAAUCCCACCAAUAACGCUCUCUCCACCCAUCCUCCUCCCUCUCCUCCACUCCCUCUCCCACUUCCCCAUAUUCUUAGGUUAUAACUGGGUUAUAGCUUUCAUAUGAAAGUCAUAAAUUAGUUUCAUAGUAGGGCUGAGUACAUUGGAUACAUUUUCUUCCAUUCUUGAGAUAAUUUACUAAGAAGAAUAUGUUCCAGCUGCAUCCAUGUAAAAUACGAAAGAGGUAAAGUCUCCAUCUUUCUUUAAGACUGCAUAAUAUUCCAUGGUGUACAUAUACCACAAUUAAUCAAUUCAUGGAUUGAAGGGCACUUGGGCUUUUUCCCAUGACUUAGCAAUUAUGAAAUGAGCUGCA